AUGAGAUACAAUAAACAAGUGUUAGCUUCAAUAGCUUCACAAACCACUCAAAACUUUGAACGUGAAGGUGUGAUAGUAAUGAAAGAAAAACAAGACGGAUUCUUUCGAAGAUCAGAAGCAUAUUCAAUUAGAUGGUUUCGUCUAAGGGGGAAUCUCCUUUUUUAUUUGAAAGGCUCUGAGCCUUGGUAUGAACCCAUUGGAGUAAUAGUGUUAGGUAGGCAUGUAAUAAAAGUACAAGCUUGCGAUGAAACUGGACAUUGGCCAUUUCAAAUAGUUUGGGAGAAUGGAGCAUGCUACAGAUUAGCAACAUUCCAAGAAUCAGAACGCACACUUUGGAUAAAGUCUCUUGAAAUGGCAUCAUAUGAUGCCAUCAAUACUCAAAUUGUAGAAUUGAGGGAAAAAUUAAAUAAAGUAAGGCCUGUUAUUGACGUUUCAAGGUAUCGCGCUCAAAAGGGAAUUAUUUUAGAUAUGAAUGAAGUUCCAUUAUGUGAGUUAGCGUUAUCAUGCGAUAAUUUACUAUGUGAUGCAUAUGGUAGACCACCAACACCAGUAAUUGUGGUAUACCUAGGCUUUUCAAAAGAUUUGUGUGUAAAAUAUGGCUCUACAGAGAUUGUUGACUCUUGCAGUAAUCCUUGUUUUUCAAAAACUGUGCUGUUUCGGGCUAGUGAUGGUAUAAAUGGUAAAGCUAUUGUUCGUCUCGUAGUAUAUGAUGUAAAGGAAAAAGUUUCUGAAGUUACUGUGCCUAUGGGAUAUACAAGUCUGCAGUUAAGUACCAUACAGGAAUCGCAAAGACUUCGUGUAGCUUUAAAAACUCGUGACAAUAAGACAGUUGGUUUUGUCACUAUUAAUGGAUGGAGUCUUGAGGCCUCAUGCACAGGCAAUAGUCCAUGUCAUACAAAUGAUCGUAACUGCUUGGAUAUACCACAAAAAUUCAAUGCCAUAGAAGAUCCCAGUCUUUGCCUCCUAGAUUGGGACUUAAACUGA